AUGGCAGCUUGGGCUAAGGGGGUUCGGGCGGUGCUCCUGGAUGUCAGUGGGGUGCUGUAUGACAGCGGUGGACCGGCAGGGGGAGCUGCCAUCCCAGGCUCCAUAGAGGCAGUAAGCAGGUGAAUGCUGGGAAACACGGUAGAAAUAAAUCAAGUGGGCGUGGUCUGAACUGUCAUAGGAAGUAUUGAUCGGGGGCGUGGUCUGGAGUAGUGGUAGGGGGCGUGGUUUGGACUGUCAUAUGAAGUAGUGGUAGGGGGCGUGGUUUGAUGCCCAGAGACAACCUGGGCCAUGAGCUGUCGGUGUAUGACGUCAUAACUGUGCUGCAUUAAAAUUAUAGCUGGUGGUAGCCCAUAAAGAAAGGCUGUUCUACAACUAUACCUCCCAUCAUGCUUUGCCAGAGCAGAAGAUGUCAAAGCAUCAUGGAAUUUGUAGUUCUUCAACAACUGGGAGCUUGUAUGUGUUUUAUUUUAAAACUACAAUUCCCUGAAUGCAUUGCAAGCAUAAAACCUGCCAAGGCAUCAUGUGAGUUGUAGUUUUACAAGAGCUGGGGAGUGUGUUUUACGGUAUACCUACUGUGAUGACGGAGCAAUGUGACGGUCCAUUCACUACAAAGUCAACUGAAAAGCAGUUUUGCAAAGUUUCUGCAAAAAAUAGUCAAUGUUUGCAAAUGAUCCAUUUUACCUAUGUAUUGCAAAAUUUAAUUUUUAUUAAAAUCCACUACAAUUUGGUGUUUAGUUAAAUAACCCUUGUGGAAAGGACAAGUGGAUAAUGGAAAGAGAAGACAAAAAGGGUUCACAAGUCUCUGAAAUUACAGACAGUGAUGAAAAAUUGUCAGAGUCAAAUUAAUCACUUUUAUGAUUUGAUCUAUAUAUAUUUUUUAUACUUUUUUUUUAACGUAACCAGAUAAAUACACAAAAUAGGCGUACAUAUAUCAGUGUGUACAAAUAUAAGAGUGUAGCACGAUGUCACACAGCAAUGCAUAGAGUAUGUGAACAUCAAAGUUUUCUGGCAAGGUUUUAACUUUUACCCUGGAAAGAGCUCAAAUAGAAAUAAAAAUCACCGAUGUAUAAGCAGACCAUAACCACUGCGUUCAGUGCAUCCAUGCAGACCCAAUUUAAUACACUGCCCCCUCCAUCCAUUCUAAUACAUUGCCCACAAAUCCAAUACAUUGCCUCUACACAGGAAGGUCCCCCAAGCCCCUCUUACCCGACAUUAAGAUGAGCCACCGUCCUCUAGUUCCAACCCUGCUCUUCUCUGCUCAAGCAGGCUAGAAACUCCUCUAUAAACCAAAACUGCCUCAUUAAGCUAAAGUUGUUUUGGUAACUAUAUUAUCCCGUUAAGGAAUUUGUAUCUUCAUCAGUUAGCAAUAAGUGGUCCUUCAGAUAACAUUUAUUUAGGUACAAAUAUAUUCAGAUCUACUUCUAGUUAGAUCCACCAUUUUAGAGUACCGUAUAUGCUCUUAAUUUUCUUUCCACAAAAAAUCUGACUCUUAUCUUCAUCGGUUAGCAAUAAGUGGUCUUUCAGAAAACUUUUAAUUAGGUACAAAUAUAUUCAGAUCAGGGAUACCAACUUGUAUGGAAUAAGGAACUAGAAUUGUGAUCCGACAUUCAAUUUAUAUCGUUUCUAAAAAUAUCUGUAAAACUAUUGCUUUGUAACAAUGAGUUGAAAUAAAAAUCUUCAACUUGGCUGUUUUAGUCUAGAUUUUGCAAUCCCCUUUUCACUUAGAUUUUUGUGUUUAGUGAGUGUAAAUGUGUGUAUGCGAAUAUCCCAUAUUACCUAAAAAAUAAAUAAAUAAGGAGAUAGCUAAUUAUUUGGAAGUCCUUGUCACUUUCACAUUAUUGUCCAAAUUAGCGGGACUGAAUACAUAGCUGACUUGAAUAAUUUUUUGCAGGUAUUCACACGGAAAAUGUUCAUUGUCAACAUUGUUAUAUAUACCUACUAUAUAUCUUAAUAUGGCAACUACCAUCGUAGGUGAAACUAAAGCAAUAUAUUUUUUCCUUUAAACAUAGCCAUUGAAACAUGACCAAGUCUAAAUAUAACUGAAAUAUGACACAUGGAUAAGCAGUCUGUAGUUUACUACAAGCACUGAACAAGGAUAGCAUGCACAUACUAUGAAUACUGUUCUCUAUACUGUAAACAUAUUGAAUAUGCUUGGAGUAGUCUGCUAGGAGAGCUCAAUUCACAGUAACUUUCAAUGGCAUUAUACAAUAUGUAGCAGCCAAUUCAAAGUUCAUAGUAGGAAAUAAAGUGUUGCAUUUAUUAAUGUGACCAUGUCAAGCAAUUAUUUUUUACAUGAUUGAAACUUUUAUGGGAUGCUUGUAUUGACUACAUUGGAAUGUCAACAAAAUCAGUCAAAAGAUAUCAUAAGAUAAAGUCAGAAAUUGUUUUCUUUAUACAACAGCCUCAAGUUAACAAAACUUGACAAGUCAUUAUUUCCGCCUUCAGGGUUUCUCGGUUCCCACAGCAGUUGCUAGCAUUUAUAUGCAAAGACCCCAACAGCAGCAGAGCCACUUUAAAUGGAACCGAUAGUCCGUAAAAUAAAAUUCGUUAUUUCGGAACUAUUAGAUUCCCUUCCAUAUACUCAUCUUCUGUCCAGCCUCUUCCCCUCCGUUUGCAUUUAAUAAAAAAGGUAAAAUAAAGAAUACUCAACUAUUUUCCAGUGACGGGCCUCCUCUGCUGCACCCGCUCAACCUUUGAAGACACCAGCUGAUGUCUUCCCUAUUGAUUCCCAGACCGAGUUUUACUCAAUCUGGAGGAAGAAGUACUUCUAAUAGCUGUCCGAAAGACAACCAUUAGUGGUGAAUUUAAUCCUAAAAAACUGCAAUCUUUUACAAAAUGACCAGACUACUGCACGAAGACCACUCAAUUGAGAUGAAGUGAUCUGAGAGACUAUAGUAUUCCUUUAAUAUUAGUUUUUUCUAAAUCUAGGUUUGUGGAGAAUUGGCAAGGAAAUUGUACAUAUUAGACUCCAAGACUCUAUAAAGAUUCUAUAUUUCUGAAAAUCUCAAAAGUGACAGAACUGACUUAAAGUUGACUAAUUUGGGCAUGUGGACAUGGCAAAGUAAGAACUUGCUGAAGAUAGGUCCAACGCAGAAGCCCCGGAGACAGGUAUGAAAAGAAGAUAAAAGAGCCAUAAAGAUCUGGGAAGAAUGAUGACAGCAAGGAGACACCCAAGGAUUUUAUAGAAAUGAGAGCAAAGAUCUAGAGAGAACAAUGUUAGGGCUCUCUUUGUUUGGGUGAGGACUUGACUACUAUAUGGACAGUGUGGGGGCUAAUCAAGUCAUUGUGACUUUGUGUGUGAAUAAAUGUAAUAUUAGUAAGUAUGAAUGCAAGUGUACACAUAUAUACAUAUAUGUUUACAUAUGCCUACAUAAACGUACGCUUUGGACAAAAAUUAUGAAGUGAUAUUGAUGGUGGAAAGCUAGUUGAAGGCUUUAAGCCUGUUAUUAAUGUCCAAGAGUUUAAAGAUUGCAUACAUCCCAACACUCUGGCCUAUGGAAUCGGGAGAGGGUCCUAGUGCCCCCUGCACAGCGCUAGUCCAUUACCAGGGAACUAAAGCAGGACUUUUGGUGGGCCUGAGGUUGUGACACAAAUUUGAGGUACUGCGCCAUCAGACACCUCACAUUUAAAUGAGCUGUACGUGUUAUGAUGCUUAGAAUGUAUCGUUCAAUGUAUGUGUAUCUUGCACUCUCUCACAAGGUGCAUGGAGUCCAUAGUUCUACUGACUUUUCCUGAAGUUCUGGGAUAUUGGCACAACCACAUGGUGAGCGUAUACCACAGGCCUUGCACUGAAACCAGGCAGAACAGAUACAUAUGCUUAGUGGGAUGUACAUUUUAUACCACGGGGUAGAGGAUUCAUUGCAUGUGGUCCAUCAUAUUUAAGAGUGGUUUUAUAGCAGUAUAUAGCUGUCUAGAGUAUACCUAGAAAUAUACUUUGUAUAUGUAGUAUACAGUUAGGUUAGCUCUGUUGGUCUUUUUGCAUGAAGUAUAAUCAAAAGUGUGUCUUUUGUUUGUUUCCCCCUGUAUUAUUUGUAUACAAUACAAACACACAGACCUGUCUAGUCAAAGAAGGUAGUAAAACCUUCUUAAAGCUCAGCUGGAGGUCUGCUUGCAUGUUAAUGCUUAGAUCAGUUGGAUAUUUACAGCGGGUUGUUUUCUAAAUAAUAAACGUUUCUGACCAUAGCAACAAACAAGAACAGUAUAGCCCUGAGCAUCUGCUAUCGGAAGUCCUCACAUUCCUCCAUUCAGGUUGAGCAAGACUCCAAAAGUUAAUGAAAUCGAGCUGUAAUAGAUCAUAAAGUAAUCAUAAACCACAGGAGGGCAGCCAUAGAGACAUAUACUAAAUGUGACAUUUUUAAACCCGUUUUCAAAAUCAAGGAUUGUAUGAAGAAGAAAAAAAUAUUAUGCCACAGUGGGCUAAAACAUACAUCAUUCUAUGACCGGAUAUUAAUCUACAACCAGUGGAUAGACUAUUUGGACAUCACUGUUCUACUUUCUGCAAAUUAUUGGCCAUCAAACCUAAAUAUAUAUAUAUUUUUUUUUCCAUUUCUAAAUAAAUGUAAGUUUAUUUAUAAGAACAAAUCCUUAUUAAAAAGUAUUUGUUUUGCAUUAUCAACAGAUGGGGCUAUAUUACGGGCUUCGUAUAGUUUUAAAUCAAGGUCAAAGUGUCCUUCAAGGCUCCAUAAUCACUACAUGCCAAAGAAGGGAUUUUUGUGUCAUUUGGAAUGCGUGUGAUGUCACCAGUUUCUUGGUCAAACGUUUUGAGCAAUUUCACUUUGAUUUAAAGGUUGUCAUGGAACAGGGCUUAAGAACCAGCAUAUCAGCGAACCAGGAUUCAUUGUAAUGGUAGUGUUAUAGCGUGUCAUAAGUGUAAUGUAGCCUCUAAUUAAUUGUGCUGUUUCGCCUGUGGUGGGGUGGCUUGGGUUUCGAGCCACAUGGUGGGGACUGGGAGUAAUGAUAUUUCCAUUUAGAACAAUAUACCAGUGAACGUUUGAGUGAUGAUUGUGCCAUUAAGUAAUUCUAAAGACGUGUGGCAUCGUAAUAACUAGUGAUGGAAAAGAAGGCUUAUCCCACCCUUCGUUCUAGGGUUACAAAGGUAGGACAAUCUGAGGGACUCUUUCCAGCCCACACUUGUACUAAGCUCAGAGAGAACCAUCCUUGCAGCUCUGCUGCUGAAACCACGCACCCACAGCAGACAUUUUUAAAGUUUGUCAGAUUCAAUUCACAUACCUCCCAACAUGUCAAAAGAACAAAGAGGAACACAUUCAUGUUAGGGUGUGAGUGGGGUUGUGGCAAGAGGCAGGGCUGGUCUGAAAAAAAUUAUAUGACUUACUUAAAACAAUUUAUGUAACCAAUUUAUGUAAAAUACAAUUUAGAACAAGAACAAUGUAUCUUAUUUACACAGACUGAUUUCUAAACACAUUUAUUGUAGUUUAAAGACACAUUACUGUGAGUAUUAUUGCUGUGGAGCUCUGUUAUACACUCAGAGGCACCAACAAUAUGGAGCUCUUAGAAAAGAGGGACAUUAGAUAAAAACGAGGUACAGGGUGAUGUGUGACAUGUCAGGAUUCCCUUUAAUUCCAGAAGUUUGGUCCUUAAGGGGUUAAUAGAGACACUUGGGAUGUAUGUACGCACAUCACAGUUAUUACAUAACUAUGAACUUUUUCUUUUCAUUUUUUGACAGCAAACUAUUUUAUUUUGUGUGGUUUUUUUUAUAUAGUUUUGUCUUCCUCCAGCAAUUCUUUCGGUUUAACUUUUAGCUCUCCAAUUAAAGUGUGUUGGUGAUUAAGCAUUGUGUCCCUUUAAUGAGGGAAAACAGAUGCAGUGAUCACAAUUCAGAUUCCUGUCAGCAGCCAAUUAAUGAUUAAAUGGCACAUAAGCAUUUAUGCAGGUAAUUGUUUUACCAACACAGAUGUUUUGUGGGACUCAUAAAAGAUCAGAGGGGAUGAUUGUCUAGUGAAAUUAGGAUCAGAUUAACUCAAUGCCUUUGAAAGUGGUAUCCUCAUUUCAAUGAGGCAAAACAAAGCCUUUUGUAACUGAGAUGCAGAAGUGUGGCUUUUUAUUCUUGUGUAAUAGGGGCACGCUUAACAAGUUAACAGUUGACAAAGUUGUAAUAUUAAAAUUCACUGAGAGUUUAUAGCCAGUCGUAAAAAAAACAAUGCAUGUCCUGAAAUAAAAGUAAAAUCUGGUUACUCUUUGGGUUGCUUAAAGGGGCACUCAAAGCUGCAUAACCAAAACAGCUCUGUGUAUAGUGUUUAUGGUGUUAUCAGUGUAAGGGUUCCAUACCAAGUUUUCUGUCAGACGGUUUUGGAACAGUUUGACAAAAAACAGAUGUUACAGCACCCAUAGUCCAAGGUAGUGAUAGGCUCAGAGUAGUGAACUACCAUAGUCAUUGCCAUUCAAGGUUGGCUGGAUAUUUGCAUGCGAUUUUAUCCGAGAGACAGGUUAUGUGCUGUGGUGGGGCAGAAGGAGCAUUGGUUUAUGACAAACUAGUCCAAAGCAGUUUCACAAUCUAUUGAUAAUGCCUGUUAAUCAGUGGUGUAUUUAGGAUUUGUGCUGCCAUAGGCAUGACGGUUUCUAGGCCCCCCUAAUUUACAUUUUCCCCACCCCUUCCUGUCAAGGCCGCACUUUGACUGACAGACGCUCACUCACUGACAGACGCACUCUCAUAUACACUGACAAAUAAUAACACACACACACUAUUACUUGGACACACACUGACAGAUGCACGCACUCACUGACAGACGCACACUCUCAUAUACACUGACAAAUAAUGACAUACACACACACUAUUACUUGGACACACACUGACAGAUGCACGCACUCACUGACAGACGCACACUCUCAUAUACACUGACAAAUAAUGACAUACACACACACUAUUACUUGGACACACACUGACAGAUGCACGCACUCACUGACAGACGCACACUCUCAUAUACACUGACAAAUAAUGACAUACACACACACUAUUACUUGGACACACACUGACAGACGCACGCACUCACUGACCGACACAUACACACUCACAUAGACACACACACACACACACACAUUUACAGACACACAAAUACUGUAAUCAACACAAAUUAUUGUCUCCUAAUCAGCAGUAAUUAAAAACUGUGAUGCUACACAUCUCACAAGCUGUAAUCUACAGUAUUUUAAUUUAAAAAAAUAUAUAAGUUUACACAUAUAUAUAUAUACAUAUAUAUAUAUUUAAGUUUGCUUCGAGGUAGCAUUUUUCAUUAGAAAGUUAAUAUUGGAAAAUGAGUGUGCUACUUUAUGUCGGAGAGUACCAGAGCUAAUAUUAGAUAGUAUUACUUUACUCAAAAGGUCAUCGACACAUGAUACAGCUUUACACAUGGGCUGGAAAAAGUAGACAAAUACAUUUGGGAAAAUUUAAAGAAAUCCAACAAUCAACGGCUAUUAUGGUUAGUUUUUUUAACGUGAUAAAAUUGAUAAAAUUAGUACCUUUUCAAAGGACAUUGUAAGCACCGCAAGUAUAACCACAGCUGUGGGUCGGCUAAUGCGAAAGUUAACUUUCCGCAUUAGCACAGAGGGAGAGUUUGCUCAGAGUGUUCCACCAUCCCUACCUGUCCCAAAUUGAGCAGCUAAUUGGGAAGUGCAGAUCCACAUGAGCUGAGCCUAGAAGAAAGGGCAGUUUUCAGGCAGUAGAAGGCCAACCUCUCAGACAUUUUUGGCAAGGUUAAUCUUGACACAAGAGUGACCCAGCUUACCUGAAUAACUCCAGGAAGUUGAACAACCAAAAAUGUCAGUGUCUCCCUGGUCAGGAAUAUAGAAAUUAAUGAAAAUGAAAGACAAAUCUAAAAAUAAGAAAACCAGAAUUCACAGCAAUCCGAGAAACAAAAUAAAAAAAACAAAAAAAAAACAAAACACUGUAAUGGAAGCCUUUAUCAAUUUGGAAUCGGUGAACCUGUCACUGCGCUCUCAUGUCACUUGACACCACCUAAGAAGGGUAUAUACCCCUGUGAUGAAAUUACUCACUUCUUUUCCAGCGUUGGGACUCUUCCACCAGUGGUGUUAUCAAGCAUGCUGACAUCAACUGCCAUCUCGUCCAAUCCAGUGCUUUUUGCAUCUGCAGCAUUUGAUUGCAGGACUGAGCUUUACUGGUUUAUGGCGAUGAGAGACCUCUAGUGGCUGUCCGCUAAAUAGAGGUUAGCUCUGAGAAUAGUUUGGCUUGGUUAUCACAGUGGAUGCAUAUCUAGUGGCUGUAAGCAAGACAGCCACAAAAUGGCUAUUUAACCCCUUAAGGACACGUGACAUGUCAUGAUUCCCUUUUAUUCCAGAAGUUUGGUCCUUAAGGGGUUAAAGGGACAUUGUAGUCACCAAAACAACUUUAGCUCAGUGAAGCAGUUUUAGUCUGUAUAUCAUGCCCCUGCAGUCUCACUGAACAAUUAUCUGCCAUUUAGGAGUUAAAUAACUUGUUUAUGCAGCCCUUGUCACACCUCCCUGCAUGUGACUCACACAGCCACCCUAAACACUUCCCUGUAAAGAGUCAUUCAAUGUUUACACCUACUUUAUUGCAAAUUCUGUUUAAUUUAGCAUUUCUUAUCUCCUUCUCUGUUGAUAGCUUGCUAGACCUUGCAGGAGCCUCCUAUGUGUGAUUAAAGUUAAAUACACAGAGCAGGAAAUAAAAACAUUUAAAGUAAGUGAUGUCUGAUUGACAUUGAAACUAUUUGUUUUAAUGCAGGCUGUGUCAGGCACAGCCAGGGGAGGUUGGCUAGGACUGCAUAAAUAGAAACAAAAGUGAUCUAACUCCUAAAUGGCAGACAGAGUUCAGAGGUAUGAUCUAUACACCAAAACUGCUUUGUUAAGUUAAAGUUGUUUUGGUGACUAUAGUGUUCCUUUAAUACAAGCAUUGCAGUGUCUCAUAAAUGACAAUGUUUUUUGCUUCAAUGCUUUCCUAUGGGGAUUUUACUGACAAUGGAUGUCUUCAUGGAGAACGUGGGGGACUGUACCCAGACCACUUCAAUAAGCUUAAGUGGUCCAGGUUCCUGUAGUGUCAUUUCCUAUCAGCUUUGGUAUAGUUAACCUACGUUCUGCGUGUUGGGUUAUAGUUCAUCUUGACACUCAGGCAGCAAACCUAUUAAAAAAGGUAUUUUUCUUAUUUUUUGAAAGGAAUCUAAAACUAAAAAAAAUGCAAAAAAUAUAUUUACAUUGGCUGAUAUUUUGGGGAUAAAAUGGGUUUUCUUAUACUGAGUAUUGGUGCCUAUAGUGAUUGCUCCUUAUUUUGCAGUUCAUCUCAGAAUAGCAUCUAGUUGUUCGUGUGUAACAUGGCAUUUUGUUUCCAUACUCCACUAAGUGUAUUUGCAGUAUACUGGGUGAUGGCCCAUUUGUAUCUGACUUGGCUCAGAGCUAUGGCACUUGUUGGGUGAGUUUGUUGGUACAUGAAAGAACAGAUGUUGUGUGUCCGUCCCUUUCUCCUGUCACACCCGCUGCUCACUGUUCUGAGAAGGUCGCAUAGUAAUUUAUUAGAAAUAAUUGGUCCCUUGGCUGCUUCGCUCACCUGCAUCAUUACCCUCUGUAUGUGCCACGCACCGCUGGCAUAUUAGUGGAGUAAAUUGGGGACCACUUUAUCUCUUUAUCCAAAUGACUCAUUUAAAAAGAGAAAAGCUUAUGUUAUGAAGGGCAAUUACACUGUAAGUGCUAUGAAUAAUUUUCAUCUUUCUGUUGGGCAGAGACAAACCGCAGAGCUGUAUUUAACCUUAAAUUAUUGAGGCCAGAGGCACCGAGGGGAUAAACAUAAUACCGUAUGCCAUAAUACAAAACGUACGAUUCAGUAUAACAAGUUUUGCAAAGCUGUGUACUAUGUUUCCUAUUGUUCUAGCAUUAAUAGUAGCUUUUGUCUCUACUUUAAUGUCUCUUUAUAAUACAGGAUAAGGGGAUCUGGGUUGAAGCUGCGUUUCUGCACCAACGAGUCACAGGCUACACGCGAUCACUUUGUCCGGAAGCUGCAAAGAUUUGGCUUUAUGAUAUCUGAAGAAGAAGUAACCGCACCAGGUCCUGCAGCCAAAAAACUGCUAAAAGAUCGUGGUUUGCGCCCCCACUUAUUAGUACAUGAUGGUCAGUGUCCGAUCAACAGCAUCAAUUUGUCACAAAAGGGCUAAGUAACUUGUACAGUAUACUUGAUCUUCAAAAAUAUGUACAAUCAUGGUUGACGGAUAGAGAUAAGGGAAAAAUUCAAUUUACCGUUACUGUCUAUUUGUUUAUCUUUCUCUCUGUGUAUAUAUAUAUAAAAACUAAGUGUGUGUGUGUGUGUGUGUGUGUGUGUGUGUGUGUGUGUGUGUGUGUGUGUAUGUAUGUAUAUAUAUAUAUAUACACACACACAUACAUACAUACACACACACACACACACACACACACUUAGUUUUUAAAGUGCUUUGUAUGUUUAACCCAUGAUAAUGCAAGAAAACGUCUGAAUUCUUGGUAAGGUGGUUUAGUAAGUAUGUCCUAUGAUGAUGUAAACUAGCCUCUUCACCUGCUUUUUAUAAGUAUCCAUAAUGGAUGUAGACUAUGUAUAUUGCCAGUGAGCUCGCCUAUGCAAAGCUAUCAGUUCUAUUUAGUUAUUGAUGUAAAACAGAGGUGAUGAAAAAGAUUUGCCCAGCUCUUGUAGCGGCUCAACAGCCAUGAUGGUUUGUCAGUCUACAACAGACGAGAAACUGCCUUGGGGCUAAAUGUUGGACUCUGAUGUUAUCCUUGUCUUUGUAAUAGAUCUGCUGCCUGAGUUUGACUCAACUGAUAAGUCUGACCCAAACUGUGUCGUUAUUGGAGAUGCCGCUGAAAACUUCUCCUAUCAAAACGUGAACCAUGCAUUUCAGGUUCUACUGAACAUGGAGAAACCGAUCCUUAUUUCACUAGGAAAGGGGUGAGAGUGUGUAACCUCUAUAACCUGCUGCUCCAUGCACUGGCGAGGGGGAGAAGAGAAGCAUGCUUUGCAAUGCGUUAAUCCACAUAAAAGGGACUCUAUAGACACCCAUCUCAUUGAAGCGGUCUGUUUUAACCCUGCAGCAGAAAACAUUGCUAUUCUGCCUCUUGUGACUAUAGCGCUAUAGUGUUCCUUUAAAUCACCUGGUUGGCAAAUCUGUUUUGUUUAUCGUUAUAUGACAACACUAUGUGCAUUGCUAUUGUAUAACUGGAGACACAGAGUUCUAUAACUUAGCACUCUUCCCCCAGGCGAUAUUAUAAGGAAACUGAUGGCUUGAAGUUGGAUGUAGGAGCAUAUAUGAAAGCACUGGAGGUAAGUUACCCUGCUUCUCCCCUUAAUAUUACCCUAUGUUGCUCCAGGCUACUAAUUACAUUAUUGUCUCUUACAGUACGCCUGCGAUAUAACCGCUGAGGUUGUGGGAAAGCCAUCACCAAAUUUUUUCAUGUCAGCCUUAGCAGAAAUGGGUGUAAAGCCAGAAGAGGUAAGUAUCUUUUCUUUUAAAGUCUGUAAGUGAUACGUUGCAUUACUUCAGCCAUCUGUAUUCUUGCUAAGAUAAGCUAUUGCAGCUGUUACUACUCCAUUUUUUUUGGUCUUUUAAAUUUGACACGUUAAAAACUAUUAGAAGGGUUAGGGAAAGUUUGCACUAAGGCUAAAUGAUCCCUGAAUACAGAAUAAUUAAAGGGCAGCUCACAAUGGAAUUACCCAUUUACACAAUUUAAAAAAUACACUCCUCUGGGGGCGUGCUCUGGAUCCAGACGAGACCAGCCGCAUGUAAGCAACGUUCCAUGCUGUGGAGGCCUUAAACGGAGCAAUUGAACCCCAGACACCUAAGAAAACGAGCAUGUCCCUAAAGCGAAAAGGAACGCAGAACAGGGGGAUAAAACCCAAUUCUUCACUUCGAAAUCGAGUCAAUGCAAGGUUUCUCCGCCAUCCAAGAUGGGGCCGAUGAGGACUCGGAGCAAAACCUGCCAACGGAGACUAACAGCACGACAUUGAACCACAUGGUAAUGCAAACCAUGCUGGAUGCUAUGUCAGAGAAAAUCUUACAAACCCUGCAAAACACCACAGCAGGCCUGAAUAAGGACCUAACAGAGCUUUACUGAUACGGAGAGCCUCCUUCCUCCCCAAGAAGGCCCCAAAGAGAACCACAGAGAUCCAGAAGGAGCUCUACGAGCUUUCUGUUCAAAACCAGCUUACCCCGUUUGUCACAGCCAGAGGCAGAAUCACACAACUCACUAGAAGCCUCCACCAACAAGCAUCAGAACAAAUAGGCUUCUACAUGAAAAAAAUUCAAAUAAACCGAUACUCUCAAGGCAAUAAAGCCGGCAAACUAUUAGCACAGAGGCUUAAAGCUAGGCAGGCCUCCCAAAAAAAAUCACGUACCUCACCUCUCACACCAAACUCACGACUCUGAAAGCCAUAAGCGAUGAGAUUGUCCACUAUUACGCACAACUAUACAAUUUAAAGGACGACCCACAUACACCCCAACCCCUAGAGUCUGGCAUAAAGGACUACUUAGAUACAAUACAUCUGCCUAAACUAACAACCCAACAACACUCUGACCUAACGAGACCCAUAGAAGGACAAUUUUAAGAACGCUGGUAUUUCAGAUACCCAUUCACUUUUGUUUCCUCCCGAACUACUAUAGGCUGAGUAAUUAUAGCUCGCAGUUCGGGUGUUGAUUCGAACAUUCUUCAGAAGAAAAUGCAGUAUCCAAGUAAAUUCCCCAAGCAAUCAGGCGUAUACCCAAACAUCAGCCUAGACUAGAUGAAGGGUACAACAGGAAAGAAUUUAUUCAGGCCAACUGGCCGUUUUAUAUGCAAGUCCCCAUGCAAGGGGUUUACCGUGACAUAUUCCAGGGGCACUCCCCACUGGACCUGAGAGGGGACUAUGGCAAAAUGCACACUGUACUUACAUUGACUCUCAGAUCCAGGACACUCCUACACAAAACAGGAUCACCUGUGCCUGUGAGAUGAUUGAGUCAGGAACUGUCCUAAACUCAAUUAUCUCCAGGCACAGAAAACAUACAUUUUAACAACCCGCGAAAGUACCCCCAAGACACAUGAAAACCCUACAAAAGUCAUAUCCACUGAUAGCCCCGAUCUGGGGGACCAACAUAUACAAAAAUCACCCAGAUCGGUUCAGGGUUUCGGGAUUUCCAUGGAAUGCAUAAUUUGACCAACCACACACGAGGCUCCUGCCCAAAACAGUUCCAGAGAAUCAGGGCUGGCGGUCGGUUCCGUUCAGUAGUUUAAAAACCUUACAUAGUCAAUAGUCUUACCCUGGAGCUUGUUCCCCCUCAUCCAGAUGAACGAUUCCACCGAACAGUGCCCUUCUGGGUUGUGGAGAACCAAACGCAGGUGAUGAUGGAAGUCUGGCGGUGUUCUGGAGUUUUCAUGUCCGAUUUUAGUUCCAGGAACUCCACGACCAAACACCGCUCCCUGCGUUCAUGCGAACAAGAUGGCCACAAUCUCAUGGUCGUUCAUGCGAACAGCGGCCACCCAGACAAACAAUUAGAACACUGCAGUUAGAAUUGUUACCAAGUGUUAAUAAGGUUUAACAAGCUCCUGGGUGGUCUCUGGUUCGGUUCCUGAACCACAUAAUCCCAAUUGCAUGAACAGUGCACUUUUAAAGUAAAUUAGCCAGGUCUAUUUCAGGGGCCAUAGUUCUGAGGCAAGAGGCGGGCCAACAGGCCCCUCCAAGAACUCGUGGCGAGGUUCAGUUUGUCACAGACAGAAAAUCCUAUCGGUGAUUAAAACGUUAUCAACGGCAAAUCCCCCGGCCCUGGCGGUUUAGACAAUCUGUAUUACAAAAAAAUUUAGCAGCAAACUAGCCCCACAAUUAGUUAGAGCAUACUCAAAUGCCAUAACGACGAAGACUCUACCUACGGAAAUGUUACUUGCACAUAUAGUCACGUUGUCAAACCCAGGGAAAUCACUGACACUCCCACAGAAUUUCAGGCCCAUUUCAUUUUUUAAAACAGGUGCAAAGCUUCUAGCCAAGUUGUAUGCAGCCCGUUUGGGAUCCAUUCUACCACAUCAUUCAUAAAGAUGGCUUUGUAACAGGCAGACAGGGACCGGAUAAUAUUAGGAAAGUAGUUAACAUCCUGCAUAGCCUCCGGAAACAGCUUCAGGGAGGACUAUUAGUCUCCUGUGGAUUGGAAAAGGCCUUCGACCACCUUCAUUGGCAAAUUUUGAGGGCUGUGCUGCACAAGUUUGCCUUCCCGGAGGGCUUUAGGUCAGUAGUCGAGGCCCUCUAUAGCUCGCCGAGGACACAGUUGCUCAACUCUGGGUUCUUAUUGGAACCACUACAAUUGACAAACGGAACAUGACAGGGAUAUCCCCUCUCCCCCUUACUCUACGUCCUGGCCUUUGAGCCACUAGCAGCCAGAAUCAGGGACAAUACCUCCAUACACGGUGUGUAUGGAGGGAAAAAGGAGUACAUCACUAACCUGUUCGCGGACGAUGUCCUACUCAAACUCACACAACCCCAGAUUUCCUUGCCGAAUCUAUUAGAGGAAACAAAAACGUAUGGGAGCCACUCUUAUUUUAAAUUAAAUGUCGCCAAGACUUAUGCUAUGGGAGUGGUGGUCCCACAACGCACACUGGACCUAUUACAGGCCUCUUUCUCCUUGAACUGGAGGAAGGACUAUAUUACCUUCCUGGGGAUCAAACUGAAUAAGAGCCCGGUAAACUUACUAGCUACAAACUAUGACCAGUUACUGCUGGACAUGGGCGACACAAUAAAAGGAUGGGAGGGAAAGUUUUUGUCCUGGCUGGGAAGACUGGUGGCAGUGAAAAUGCUAUCGAAAUUUCUAUAUUUAAUCAGUACGCUGCAAAUUCACCUACCAAAAACCUAUUUAGAUAAAUUGCAGAAGCUUUUCACAUGCUUUAUCUGGGACAACCGCAAAAUACGGGUGGCAACAAAAAUUUUAUGCUGGCACCCAGCUAAGGGAGGAUUGGGGAUGCCAGAUAUCCAACUAUAUUAUAAGGCUGCCAUUCUCUCCACAGUGGUCCAGACUCACGCAAUGGAUUCACCACCACAGUGGGUGGAACUGGAGUCUUCUUGUUCAUGCCCCAGAUGCCUGAAACACCUGUUUUGGGUGCCCCACACACAACGCCCAACAUGCCACCCACCACCGCACUGCUCCUAAAAAAGUAGGACAUGAUUAGAAAAACCCUGGGAUAUACCAUUACCUGGGCAUGGGCUACCCCAUUAUACAGCAAACACAUAGCUAAUCCCACCUUUGAUCAUCGCCCCUGGAUAAACGGGGGUUGUACAACUAUAUGCGCAGAAUAGGCUGUUGGCUUUUCCAGAGCUACAAAGGGAGGUCCAGGUGUGCCUCCCAUAUGGAGAUAAUGCGACAAUUACAAUACAGAUGGUACAUGGUGCCGGAAAGGCUGGCGCUUAUAUACCCCAACAGCUCAGAUAGGUACUGGAGGUGUCAACUGAAAGAGGUGCAAUGUACCACAUAUGGUGGACGUGCUCAAAGAUAGAGCCCUAUUGGAGAGUGGUAGAGGAGGAGGCAUCUAAAGCUAUGGGGGGGAGAAUCACCCUCACACCAUAGUGUGGCCUCUUAUUCAUGACACUGGAGGAAUACACUAGAAUAAACUCCUGUCUAGUGUAUCACAUAUUAGUUGCAGCUAACACUCUCAUUGCAAGGGCCUGGAAACAAGCUCAAUCACCGAAUAGGGCAAACCUCACCCAACAAAUUUCCCUGAACUUAGAAUACGAAACAAAGAUUAGCAAACAGAUUUCCUUCAAUAAACAUGUCAUGGAAGCUCGGAAGAGGUGGGAGACACGACAUACCAGGGGGCGUGGGGACAGACAGAAGGUAUAAUAUAGAGGGAAAAAAUGCACUCAAUAUACACUAGGAUCAACACCUCAAAUGGAAUAAAUCUCUAGCCUUGGCAUCACCCCAAAUAGAUAGCAGGUAGAUCUUGCACAUUACCCACAUGCACAUAGUUAUAUUGUUCCUCUUUUCUUGUUCUUGUACAUCAACUGUCACGCAAUACGUUGGAUUCCCCAGUGCCUCUUUCACCUUUGUAGACUGAGCACUCAAUAGGUCAAUUAACGACAGGUCGCACAGGCACUGGAGGGUCGGACUGGGUGAGUGGGACCUCAGUGUGUGAGACUUAAGCAGGUGGCACGCAUGGAGUAAACCUGCGAGCUGGCACAUGGAUACUAAAUUGAAGAGGUUGGGUUAGGGAUACGCCAAACCCGAAUCGUUCCAAGCUCCCAACCACCAAGACUGUGCAAUAGCGUGUAUAGUAGUAUAACGAACCUGACAUAAUAACAGCCUCCCACCUUGAGUGAUAAUAAACACUGGGACAAAACCUAAUUGAGGAAUGAAACCCUGCCUAACAGUGUAUUGGGGGGGUUGAGUAGGAUGGCCCUAUGGAGGUAUGCCAAGGUGAUGUUUUAUAUGUUCAACUGGUAACCUGGAUAUGUUAGAGAUAAUGAUAUGCAGUGUCUGCUUUGUGUUACUUCCUCCCACCUAACUACCCCUUUUUCUUUUUUGUACUUAAUAAAAAAUUGUCAAAUUGAGAAAAAAAAUACACUCCUCUGAAUAUGCCUUUUUAUGUAGUAGAUCGCUUAGCAACAGGAACAAUAUGUAUUUCUCUUCAUGUUUGGACUGUAUCAAAUAUUCUGUACUCUGCCCUUGGAUUUUUACAUCCAAGAUGCAUUAUCUUGCACUUAUCCACAUUAAAUGUCAGUUGCCACAGCUGUGACCAUUUUUCUAGUUUACCUAAAUCGUUUGCCCUUUGGAUUAUCCCUCCUGGAACAUCAACCCUGUUGAAAAUUUUUGUAUCAUCAGCAAAAAGACAUACCUUACCAUCAAGACCUUCUGCAAUAUCACUAACUUCAUUUUUUCCCCCCUGCAUAUAUUGUGUUAAUAUUUAACUGUUUCCCUUGAUUUUUUUGGCUGUCUUUUACAUUUUGUUCCUAUAUCCAUGUCAGGCUAUCAUGAUUGGGGAUGAUCUAAUUAAUGACAUUGGAGGAGCCCAAUCCUGUGGGAUCAAAGCUGUUCUCGUCAGAACUGGGAAGUACAGGUCAGAGAUCCCUAUGUUUAGUUGUAUCAUUUAGAGGUGUCUCUGAAUUGCAACACUUAAAAACGUCUUUCUUCUCGAUUCUAGACCUACCGAUGAACACCAUCCUGAUGUGACAGCUGAUGGAUAUGUGGACAAUUUAGCUCUAGCAGUGGACAUUCUCCUUUCUUCCAAAGGAUCUCAAUAG